GCAUGUUGCUGUCAAAUCCAGCAAGUUAAAUAGUGUCAUAGUUUUACUGGGAUGGAUCCAAAGGACAAACAAUAGAGAGAUUCUUAAGUUGAAAAAGGGAAUACUGUUCUGCAUACUGCUGUGUCCACAAAUCAACUCCAGAUAGUUAAGUUGUUAAUCAAGAGCAUGAAGAAUAUAAACGAAAAGAAAUCGGAAGAAUCAACAGCUCUUGACAUAGCCAUGAGACUUACUCCAGCCGAACAUAGGAGAGAUAUGAAGAGAGUUUUACUCUCUUCUGGUGCGUCGACUGCUUCUUCGCUUGAAAACGAUAUUGUUUUGGCAGAUUUCCUAGGAUCAAGAGAGACAAUCAGCGAAAAAUUCGUCAAAUAUGACGUUAAUCUCAGGAAAAGGUUGUCAAAUGAUGUGAGAAAUGCCCUGCUAGUAGUAGCUAUACUCAUUGCAACAGCCACCUAUCAAGCCGUGCUCAAUCCUCCUGGCGGUGUAACACAAGGGGAUGACAGCCUAUCUCCCCCACUAAACAUCACUACAACCACCACCCGUGGUGGCAAGGAUCGUCCAGGGACGGUGGUUUUGCCGAAGAGAUACUUCAACCCCAUCAUGUAUACAAACACAAUAUGCUUUGUAAUUUCAGUGGGAUUGAUCUUAUUCUUUGUCCAAAAAAGCAGGUACAACCUACCGCUUCAAUUGUCAUUGGUUUUCAUGAUGUCAAGCUACAUGAUCUCUUUGUUAGCCAUAUUCCCAGCAGGAAAAAUUGGUGCAUAUGCUGUGAUUUCGUCUUCCAUGCUGAUAAUAUAUGCAAGGUUUUUAGGAUCAAUGGAGUAUGUGCCUGGUUUAAGAUGGUUACUUGGCUAUGAUCGUCUUAAAUUGCAGCGAAAAGUUGUACUGCUUAGCAAGUAUGCAAAGGCUGGGUUCAAUUAAUAACUUCACUAGAUCAAACUUUUUCUCGAAGACCAUGUACUGUGCCUCUUGGCGGGUAUACAGUAUUUAGUCCAAUAAAUUGCUCUUUCUGCGAACUAAAUGAAACAAAAAAAUCUUGUCAUGUUUCGUUGGUCAAAAUUUUUGAUCAUUUUUUCUAGGCAUGACAGGAGCAACUGCAGCUUACUGAGGACAUUACCCUAGACAGAAAGGUGUGAAGGUUGCGGAUUAGGAUUGAAGGCUAGUGUGAGUGUGUGGGUUGUGGCUAGGUGUUAGGAGAGUGUGGGGUGGUAGUCCUCUUAGGUCUGUGAGUAUAUUGUUUACUACUAGGAGAGUAUCCAUUUUCCUAUUUCUUAUUUUGUAGUGCUUGUACUUUACUUAUUUUAUAUUUCUUUGAUAUUUACUGUUAUUAUUUUAUCA